GUUGGUUUGUUUGUUUGCUGUCACUUCCGGUGCCAGUCGCCUCCUCGUCGUCGGUGGAAGAGGAGGAGGAGGAAGACAAGUUCACCGGCAUCGAUGCUUCGAGCUGGAAGGAUGGACGAGUUUGUAACGGAGGAGGAGGAGCCGUGGUACGACCAGCGGGACCUGGAGCAAGACCUGCAUUUGGCUGCGGAGCUCGGCAAGACCCUCCUCGAGCGCAACAAAGAGCUGGAGGAUUCCCUCCAGCAGAUGUACAUCAACAAUGAGGAGCAAGUGCAAGAGAUAGAGUACCUGUCCAAGCAGCUGGAAAUGCUGAGGGAGAUGAACGAGCAGCACGCCAAGGUGUACGAGCAGCUGGACGUGACGGCCCGCGAGCUGGAAAUCACCAACGAGAAGCUGGUGCUGGAGAGCAAGGCGUCGCAGCAGAAGAUCGACAGGCUGACCGGCACCAUGGAGGCGCUGCAGAGUCAGGUGGACGGCCUGACGACUCGGGUGGAGGAGCUGCGGACCCUGGAGGAGCUGAGGGUGCUCAGAGAGAAGAAGGAGCGGCGCAAAACCGUCCACUCGUUCCCGUGCCUGAAGGAGCUCUGCACGGCUCCCAGGUCGCCAUCCAUAACGCACACGGCAGUCUGCUGCCAGCCCAGUUUCUGUGCUCUCCUUUUACAUGGCAACAGAUAUGAGGACGGCUUCCUGUUGGCCAACCCCGGGAGUGUAGACCUGGUGGAGCGCCAGCCCCUGGACGAGGAGAACGACCGCCUCAGAGACAUCGUCUCGUCCCUGCACUCGGCCAUGGCCUCGGAGCGCUCCAAGCGCGAGAGCGUGGAGCGGGAGUGCGCCGCCGUGCUGCAGGAGUUCGAGCAGCUGGAGCAGCGCCUCCUGGGCGCCGAGGGCUGCAAGCUGCGGGUGCAGGAGCUGGAGGCCGAGCUGCUGGAGAUGCAGCAGCUCAGGAAGUCCAGGGUGUGUCUGAUCGGGGACAUGGAGGACGGCCUAGAGAGGCUGCUCAGCAACGGCCCCGAGAUGGACAGCCCGGAGGACGACGGCGGCGGCGGCGGCGGACAGGAGGAGGGAGGCGAGGGAGCCGACGGAGGAGCCGGGCAGCAAGGCGGAGGCCCCGUGCGGAAGAGCUGCAGCGACACGGCCCUGAACGCCAUCUCGGCCGUCUCUGGAAGGCGGCAGGGCGGCUACGCGGCUCACGGCAACGGCGCACGCAAGCGGGGCAUGUCCAUCCUGCGGGAGGUGGACGAGCAGUACCACGCCCUGCUGGAGAAGUACGAGGAGCUCCUGGGCAAGUGCCGGCGCCACGAGGAGACCCUCUGCCACGCCGGGGUGCAGACGUCACGGCCCGUCUCCAGAGACCCCUCCGUGAGGGAGUACAGCAUGGCGUCCGCCGAGCCCUCCACGUCCGGGGUCCCGCCUCAGACCCCCUCCACCCCGGAGGCGCUGGAGGGGAUCAGCAGGCACGUGGAGCAGGUGGACAAGCGGCUGAGUCAGAACACGCCCGAGUACAAGGCCCUGUUCAAGGAGAUCUUCUCCCGGCUGCAGAAGACCAAGAGGGACAUAAACUCCCCGAAGAGCCGGAAGAAGCACAAAUAGAGGCAGCGGCAGGAAGCUAAAGGCGCCGAGCAAAGACAAAAAAAAGUACUUUUACGAAGCAUCGCCUCACGGUUCAACGGUGACGAAGUCUAAGAAUAACCAUUUGUUAACGUGAAACUGCCAAAACGUUUAUUCCACCACGCCGCGGAUCAGAAGGAAAAAGGUGGAUUUUGUGAUGUUUUUUUUUUUUGUAACUGAGAUGUAGGAGUGGUUUAUUUCAGAUCACACCGGAGAGGCGGAGAGCGCGGUGGGCUCGGGACGCGUUUCUAGCAUGUACCUGUUUAUAUUAUCACUGGAUACUAAAAUAAAAUCACAAGCUCUAUACUU